UGCUUGGCGGAUGUAGGAUACAUGGGAAUGUUGAGAUUGCAGAGAAAGCGGCUGAGAAUGUGAUGGCUUUAAACCCUGAAGAUGAUGGAGUCUACUCGAUCAUGGCUGACAUCUAUGCCAACGCAGGGCGAUGGGAGGAUGUUGCAAGGAUAAGGAGGUUGAUGCAUAGCAGACAGGUCAAGAAGAACCCCGGUUGUAGUUUGGUUCAAUUGAACUAAUGGCGUUUUCCAUGGUUUUGUUGCAGGGAGCGCAUCCUCUUCUUACAUCCUUAAUGGGAUGGAGACGGAAAAAGGAAUAUCAAUUUCAAGCAUCAUGGCAUGUAACGCAAGUAUAUAUGGUUCUGCACUUCUGUUGUUUUAUCGUUUGGUAUAUGCUUUAACUUCAUAUAUGUUUACUUUAAGAAAAACCAUGUUUGGUGGGUAAAAAGAAAUUGAGAAAAAUAAAGAAAUUAAAACGAUUUUGCAUUCUGCCGAACUUGAAACGUUAAUAAAUAGAGAACGGGAUCCCACCCUAAUGCAAUUUGGCAACGACGGUCCCACUGAAAUUUGAUUGGAUAAGAUAUACUCCCUAUGGCUCCUUUCAGAAUGUUCUAGCUGCUGGCGUCUGGAGCUCGCCCGAUCCAUUACCCGUAACCAGAGGCAGUUUUAAUAAUAAUAUUGUGAAGACAUGACGUGCUGCUUCAAGAGGCUUCCACGAGGAGGUUAUCUUAUGAAUCCAUGACAAGUGUCCUUCAGCUGUUCCUGACGUGGCUCCAGAAGCCUCCUUUCCGGUUAUAUAUAUAGCAGGGAACCGAAAGGUUGCUUUAACAUAGGCUUGGAAUCGCUUCGCUUCAAAGUCUGAUAUUGAUUUGCCGAAUUGCCGUGCUAAGUUAGCACUCUCUCUGUAUUGCAAGACGAUGGGUUUCAGCGCUACUAGGGGUAACUUGAGAUCCAUGGUGAACCGCUUAAGAGGAAGCCAUUACACGUUCGCCACAUCAACCUCGCCAAAGAUGCGGGCCUAUGCUCCCACUGCCGACUUCAGCAACGUCCAACACAGUGAGCUAAGGGGAGUGAAAGGGGAUUUUGUACCUGUAUACGUGGCGAUGGGGAUGAUAGCGAUGUCAGUGACGCUUGGGCUUUGCACGGCGAUGCACGAGCUGAUGUAUUCCCCGGCGGUGCACUUAAGGAAGAGCAGGAGGGAGACUCUGCCGGAGGUGGAGGACCCUGAUACUGUAGUUGAUGAGGGUGACAAGUUCGUCAAAAAAUCCUUGCUUAGAAAGGUGGCCCACGUCCAGGAGCUUGAACUUGUCCCUCAUCCCAUCGAAGACCCUCUCACACGGCCGCCACGCGCAGUGACACUCAAGUCAGUGGGCAUAGAUCCAAAAAGCCACUAAGUGCUCCUGGAGCAGGGGACUAUUCAUUUGGCUUGUAAUACAAUGUAUGGCUCCUCAUGACAACAUAUGACAUGAGGAUUCGUCUGCGUCUGUAAACUACUGUGAUUAUAUCGGUAAUAAUAAGAGUGUUGCUUCUGUGCA